AUGGCUUUUCAGAAAGAUUUGUUUUCGGUGAUCAAGUUGUUAAAUUUUGAUGAGGCAAAGGCAAUGUGUGCUGGAAUUAUGGAGCCAUCAAAUGAGCAUCAUAGUCACAAAUCCAAUGUUUUGGUUUUGAGAACAAAACCUUUUGAAGAGGGAGAGUAUGAUGAGGACAUCAAGUCGUCAUCAGCUGAAGAGCACGGAAUCCAGAGCCCAGAGGAGGAGAGCAUGAACCUGAGGAGAGCUAAGGAGACAAGCAAGCUAUGUCUAGCUCAAGUAGAGGACGACAUCAAACAUACAAGCUCAACCAACACUUGGAGAACAUACUCAACUCAUACAGAGUUCACCUCGAAGAAGAAUCAACUCAAAGGGAUUCUAGAUGAAGAAGAUAUUGAAGAUACAUUCUGGAAGGUCUUCAAUGGAUCCGCAGGGGAGAUAGGUCCACUCCUCGAAUUAUUCCCGUCGAAACAGAAGGAUCCAAAAUACAAACCCAAUUGUUUUGGAUUCUUAACUCAUCAGAGGAAGACGGAAAAUUGGAUUCGCGGUCAAAUUCAAUUUGGUUCAAGAGUUAUUGAAUUUACAAAUCGGGUAAACCGGAGCUUUCCCGAUUUGGACCAAGGCGUGCUAUUUGGAGGAUUCCGAGCAAACCAGAAGGACUUAAGCUACAAACCGGUAUGUUCUGGAAUUAUGAGGCAAUCAGGGAUAUCGUCGAAUUGGAUUCGUUCCAAUACCGGUUUUGGUUUAGAAGUUAUUCAACUUCUAAACCUGGUGAUGCUCAACUUGCCUUAUUUGGGAGCUCACGGGUUUGAUCACUUACAAACUCGACUUUGGCGACCAGGAGAUACAUCUAUACAUUCAGGAGGCACAUCUAACCGUCCAGGAGGGCCUUACAGCAGCUUCCCGUGCACCAGAAUCCACAGGAUCAGGCGGAUCCCAUUGUUUGUGAACUUUCCUUUUCUGGAUGCAUUCACACUUGGAGGAAUAUCUCUCCAACGGCUCUUUCUACUUUGCUGCUGCGUUUUGAAGACUCAUUCACUGAACCUAGACGUCCCAAGGUUCCACUCCUUCACGCCCAAGAUAUCAAGAUACAAGGAGCCUCCAACUUUCCUUAUUUGGUCCGAUUUUGUCAUCAAGCUUCCAACGGCUCUAUUGUUCAUUCAUUGCUGCGAUUUCUUUACUUGUUUUAGCUUUAGACCGUUGUACUAG